GAUACAUUAUUAGCUGUGAUAGUAGCUACUGCAGUAUUGCACAACAUUGCCAGACAUGCUGGUGAACUUUUGCCACCAGGCGAUCCGGCACUUCAACUGCCCGCACCAUGGGAACACAUUUUGAAAGAAGCUUGAUAAGAUAAAAUCGAGAAAGGAUUUUUUAAAAACAAAACUUGAGACAUCGCAGAGAGAGAGAAAGAGAGAGAGAGAUACUCCUUCAAGUUUCCCUGAAGUCACGUCCGUUGCAGCAGCAUAGGAAAUAGUAAACAAAGGAAAAAUUGAAGUGCAAGAAAAUCGAUCUUGUGUAUGAUUAAAGUUCAUUGCAAUAUACUCACGAAAUUUAUUUUUCGAACUCCAGAAUUUGUAAAUACGACGAACUACAUUAUAUUUAUAGUAAAACUAUGUAGAAUUGAAAAGUUGACUAAAAAUGAUUCUGUUUCCUGGAGGUUUCUCUUCCUUCCCGAAAUAUUGUUAUUGUAGUUAAUAAAGAUGCGUUCAUUUGCAAAAAUAUCCGUAUAAAACAUAUUUGAGUACUAAAACUUUCACAACAAAUACAACUUUUUCGACAUUUCUUAAAUUUAAUAAAGAGAUUAUUAUAAUCAGUCAUUGUCGCUGGCGUAGGAACUUAUUAAGAUUCUUUAGUUUUAAGAUACUCAUACUUAAUUUUACUAUUUUAUAUUGAUAAUAAAAAUGACCAGAGAUAUGCGUAAUAAUGUAUCCCUUCCACUACUUCAUUCCGGAAAGUCAAUCAUAGAAGACAUUUGAAAAGACGUAAGCACUCGGUUAGACUUAUCUUCAACGGACUAUAGGUUUCCGUUUCCGGUGGCGCGCCGAAACCAGAGAAAAAUUGAGACCACCAAAAACAGGCUCAUUGGCAAUCUCCCUUACUCAUCUCUGGUUGCUACACGCGUCCACCUCUGUAUUCUUUUAGGAAUAGACAAAAUUUGUCUAGUUUUUCAUUUUGUUUGAGUCUUAUGAUAUACUGAUAUGUUAACUACAAGUAUAAAAUUUUGUGUUAUACAAUAUUCUUAUUUGAAAAUAUUCGCUAUACUCCAUCACAGGGCAUCAAAAUGUUAAAGCAGUUAAUCCGAUUCACCAAUCGGAGUUUUACUAGUAUUGUGAAAACAGAAAUGGAUACCAAAAAGGCAUCUAAUAUUGUAUGGAUAGACAUGGAAAUGACAGGACUUGAUCCAGAAACAUGCCAUAUUUUGGAAGUUGCCUGCUUAAUUACAAAUAGCAAAUUAGAUAUAAUUAGUGAUAAUUUCGAUGUAGUAAUUAAUCAACCAAGUACAAUAUUGGAAAAUAUGUCAGAGUGGUGUAUGAAUCAACAUAGCAAAACUGGACUAAUAAAUGAAUCAUAUAAAAGUAUAAUUACUAUAGAAGAUGCUGAGAAUCAAUUAUUAGAAUUUAUAAAAAAGUAUGUCCCAGAAGGCAAGUGCCCAAUAGCAGGAAAUACUGUCUACAUGGAUCGGAUAUUUUUGAGAAAAUAUAUGCCACACGUUAACGAAUACAUACAUUAUAGAAUUAUAGAUGUUUCAACAAUCAAAGAGCUUGCUAAGCGUUGGAACGUGGAUGUAUAUCAAUUAGGUAUAACAAAGAAUUUAAAUCAUAGAGCACUGUCUGAUAUAAAAGAAAGCAUAGAGGAACUUAAAAUAUAUAAAAAGCAUAUAUUUAAAAUUACAGACUAGUAUAAAUUACAGUACUAUACAGUACUAUAGAUAUAGAAUUACUUUAAUUUUUGAAUAAAAUUAGUACAAUUUUCGUUAAUAUAAAUUAUCUAAAGAUAAAACGUGAGUUCUAGAGGACAUUGAAACUCACAUGAAGGUGGUCUUUUGAUAGCACAUUUUAUUGGUCAACAACCUACAAAUAAAAUAAAACUUGUCACCAUACUACAAUAAAUUCUUGAAUAUGUAUAAAUUU